AUGCACCCGUACCGUUCCAAGAACCUUGAAUUUACGUCAUUCGACGCCGCCAAACACGAUGAGGCGCUCUUCCAAAUACACAGCCAGGCAGAAUCAUGGAUUAAAGGAACCCCUCAAUUGAAAGGUCCUAUGGAUCGUAAAUAUCACGACAAAGUAGUGACAAAUCUCCAGGAGCUAUUCUUAUUUGUCGUUAUCAAUAAGGUCGUCGUUAACACGGAUUCUGAGGAACCGGCCGGCCAAAGGACGUUGAUUCCCAUUGGACGUGUGAGCUUGAAGCAUACAGGUCUUGAUAUGACCCACCAUCGGAGUUGCUCGGUGGGUAUUCUAAUUGGAGAAGAGUACCAAGGCCAGGGAUACGGUGCUGAGACGGUAUCAUGGCUCCUGGACUGGGCGUUCAAGUACGCCAACAUGAACCGUGUCGAGUUAAAUGUGUUUGAGUGGAACUUAAGGGCAAUAGAGAUGUAUAAGAGAGUUGGAUUUAAGGAAGAAGGCCGCAAACGACAGGCUCUCUGGCACGAUGGGCGGUUUUGGGAUGAUGUUGGCAUGGGCAUUCUACAGAGCGAGUGGAGGGAAAUGCGUGCCAAGGAAAGCCAGGUUAUCAGCUAA